CUCUCUAUAAAGAGGGAAAAAAAGGGGAAAGAGGAGGUAUAGCGCGUUAAAAGUGGAAACUUCACUCAGUUUUCCUUGCCACAUUUGACCAAAUUCUUUCUGUCAAAAAAUCUCAUUUAUUUUCUUCAAAUUUCCUCAAGAACAACAUUUUGGAAAAAAAAAAAGGAAAUCAGUGACACUGUGGAGGAGUGUGAGGCAAAAACCCCCUCACACCCAAAAAUUCCCUUAUAAAAACCCCUCUAUAUUCUUUCAAAUUCCUUCCCCUUUUUCUUCCCUUUUUAUUCUAGCUUAGAAUCACUGCUUAAAUUCUGUCAAUUUGUAAUCUUGGGUAGAAAUUCAAAGAAAUUUUUGAAUUUCAAGUUCAAUUUAUCUGGGUUUUGAGGGAAUUUUGUGGGUUUAAUUUGAUGGGUAUUUCUUAAUAUAAUAACCUUUUUUAUGGGAUCUUCAACUUCAAGUUGAGUUCUUUUUCUUCUUUAAAAGGGUUCUUCUUUUUUCUUUCAUGGCAUGUUUGAACAAAACUUAUAAUAAUAGGAAUUAUAAUAAUAAUUUCUGGGUGAAAGAGCAAAAAGCUUGUGCUUUCUCUUUUAGUUGAAGACUGUAUAAUUCAAAUUUGUGAGACUUGGGACUUCAGAUGAUCCAACAAGCAUGAGAUUUUUCCAAUUGAUUUCUCUCCUCUUCUUGCUAUUCACAUCCCAGAUAGCACAUUGGAAAGUUAAUGCUUUCACUGGAACUUAUGGCAUAAAUUACGGAAGAAUUGCUGACAAUAUCCCGUCACCAGAGAAAGUUGUCCAGCUUCUGAAAGCUGCAAAGAUACGAAAUGUUAGGAUAUUUGACUUUGAUCACAGCGUGCUUCAGGCCUUCAGCGGGACUGGGCUUGAGUUAGUUGUUGGACUUCCAAACGGUUUCCUCAAAGACAUGAGUGCAAAUGCAGACCAUGCAAUGAGUUGGGUCAAAGACAACAUUCAACAGUUUUAUCCUCGAACUCGUAUUGUUGGUAUUGCUGUUGGAAAUGAAGUAUUUGGGAAUGAUCAAGAGCUCUGGGGAAGCCUUUUAGGUGCAGUUCAGAAUAUUUAUAAUGCAACAAAAAGUCUCCAUCUUGAUCAUAAAAUUCAAAUUACCACGUCCCAACAUUUCGGUGUUUUUGAUAAUUCUUACCCUCCAUCCAAUUGUACGUUCAGAGAUAAUAUGAAGGAAUACUUGAAACCACUUUUGGACUUCUUUUCAAAGAUUGGUUCUCCUUUCUGUUUAAAUGCCUAUCCUUUCCUGACCUACAUGAGUGAUCCAAAACACAUUGAUGUAAAUUAUGCUCUUUUUGAGAAGAAUGCAGGCAUUAUUGACUCGCAAACAAAACUCCAUUAUGACAAUCUGCUUGAUGCUCAGAUUGAUGCAGCUUAUGCUGCUCUGGAAGAUGCUGGUUUUAAGAAGAUGGAGGUGAUAAUUACUGAGACUGGUUGGGCAUCUCGUGGGGAUCCAAGUGAAGAAGUUGCCACUCUAGAAAAUGCGAGGACAUACAAUUUUAAUCUGCGGAAGAGGCUAGCUUUGAGGAAGGGAACUCCUAUGAGGCCAAAAAUUAUGCUUAAAGCUUAUGUGUUUGCCAUGUUUAAUGAGAAAGACAAACCCGGGCCAAAUUCGGAGAGGAAUUUUGGGCUGUGGAAACCUGAUGGCAGCAUCUCAUAUGAUGUUGGAUUUCCUGCAUUGAAGUCAUCAGCUGUAGCUACUUCACCCUUUUCAAUGAAGGACAACCCUUGUGGCAGAAUGUGGGGUUGGCUUCUGUUUAUCCAUUUAUUUCGGAAAGGAAGGAUAUACGAGUUCAAGGUCGGUUAACCCCGUACUUCACCAUAUUUACAACCUGUAUGAUGAUAUUGUUUCUCCUCUUGAGAUCAUGAUAUAGCAGCAGAUGUUACUCAGAUUCGGGUAUCUGUGUUAGACACUUAUAUGUGUCCAAGUGUCCGACACAAUUGCUCUAUGAAGAAUUUUCAUGAUUUUUGGCAAAAAAAAUGAAGUAUUAAAGUAUCUAUACCAUGUCAGAGAGUCGAAGAUCCAACACAGCAACACGGGUACUUUGAUUAAAAUAGGAAGUCCAAGUAACUUAGGCAAUAUGAAUCUUCAUUAAAGAGUUAAACAAACAUCAGGUAUUCUUCGUGUGUUCAGUAAACUAUCUGCUGUGCUAAUAUAAAUCAUGUUUGAUCAUGUUUCCAGCAGCCACAGAGGAUUUUUGUAACUAUUGAAAUGCUUGCUAGAUUAUGCUGAUAAUUUUUGUCGAGUUCAGCAGUAAAUAACUAAAUAUCAUUUCCAAUUAGAGAAUUUUAAUAAAAUCGCCCUCUUUCCUCUGUUUAGAAUUACCAACUGCUUCUUAGCUGUCAGACUGUGAAAUGUUGAUCGUUUAGCCCUAUGAGUUGGAUGCAAAAGUCUACUGCAUGACUAUUUUUCUUUUGCA